GUAUUUUCCGGUGAUUCUGCCGUGAAGCGGGGGAAGCCAGCACCUGAUCCGUUUCUGGUCACGAUGGACCGAUUUAAGGAGAAACCCACCAGUUCUGCAAAUGUCCUAGUAUUCGAAGAUUCCGCAAAUGGAGUUCUGGCGGCAGUAGCUGCCGGCAUGCAAGUUGUUAUGGUUCCGGACCCUACGUACAUGGAGCCACCCGAAGCAGUGAAGGAUAAAAUUGCAUUUGUGCUAAAAAGUUUAGAAGAAUUCAGGCCAGAAACUAUGGGCCUACCUCCUUAUGACUAA